GUCAUUUUAGUGGGGGUCAAAUUCAUUGGCUCAACAGCUGUCACUAUUUUAGUCUCGUACCCAGCCACUUUUUUCCAUUAAGAAGGAGGGUGUGACCAGAAUAGCGUUUUUACAUGUGCAUGGAAAUGGCAGACUCAAUAACUGGACCUACAAAUUCAUUUUCUCUUCCCGAAGAAGCCAACACCUUUGAAGCUGGGAGGCUAAAAGAAAUGGAAGAUCAACCGUCCUCGAUAUGCAAUGGUAUGAAUACUGACAAGAUCGUAAUGCCUGACAACGGGAAUGGGGCCGAUCAAACAUGGAAUGGAGACGGUUCUUGUGAUAGGAGUGGGAGUAGUGGAUCUCGUGAAGGAAGUGUGAUUAGUGGAGGUGUGGUGACGGAGGCAAUGUUACAAGAAGAGCAGCGUUUACUUAUAGAGAAAGAUUCAACUCAAUCACGAAAAGAAAUGCCAGGAGAUGUGCAGGACUUGCAGGACAUGGUUGAGCAGCAGCGCUACAGUCGUCUCCUCCACCUCCUUCAGAGGUCCACCAUCUACUCCAAGUUCCUCCUCCAGAGAAUGGAGACACAGAACGAAGAGGACAAGAAGAAACAGGAGAAGAAAUCCAAGAAAAAGAAAAGCAAGGACCCACCCCCUACCACACCCGGCAGGGUCACGAGGUCAUCAGCUGAGGGAAAGUCCCCUGCAGCACCACCCCCCACAGAGAGCAAGAAGAAGGGCCACAAGAGAAAGGCCACUCAUGACUCUUAUAAGAUUUCAGACUUUAUGGAUAGCCAGGGGCAAUUGAAGAAAAUGAAGGUAGAUGGUGGGGAGGGGGAAGCCCCCUUACCAGCACCAGCCCCCAAAGCAAAACCAGUUGAGGUGACCAAGAGCACUCGAAGGUCCUUCAAGGGUCAGACCAUCUCCCCUCGGCAGCCUCCCCUACUCAGUGGCGGGGUCAUGAGGUCAUACCAACUAGACGGCAUGGAUUGGAUCAAGCUGCUCUAUGAGAACGGGGUGAAUGGUAUCCUAGGAGACGAGAUGGGCCUCGGCAAGACUAUCCAGUGCAUAUCAGUGAUAGCGUACAUGUUAGAGCAAGGAGUGACUGGUCCGUUCCUCGUGGCUGCCCCCCUCUCCACUGUGCCCAACUGGGUGGCAGAGUUCAAGAGGUUCGCUCCCAAGAUCCCAGUGGUGCUCUACCACGGCUCAAUGGCUGAGAGGGAAGAGUUACGCAAGACACUGUUCCUUACACAAGCAGAAAUUGCCCAGAAAAACCAAAAAAAACAGAGCAAGAGGAAAUCCAAGAGCAUGAAGAAGCUACCCCCUAGUAACUCACACCUGCUACAACAUGUGCAACCAGUGGUGGUGACUUCAUAUGAGAUAUGUAUGAGAGAUGUCAAGUUCCUACAGUUCAAGGGUUGGGCAUAUCUGGUGGUGGACGAGGGGCACCGCAUUAAGAACCUCAAUUGCAAGCUGAUUAAAGCCUUGAAGUCAUAUGAUGCUUCCAACCGCCUCCUACUCACGGGGACUCCACUACAGAACAACCUGGCUGAGUUAUGGUCUCUCCUCAACUUCCUUCUGCCUGACAUCUUCAACGACCUCAACAGUUUCCAGUCAUGGUUUGACUUUGCUAAAGGUGGUGAGGAUGAGGUCAGAGAGAAGAUCAUAGCCCAGGAGAGGGAGCAGCAUGUGCUCAAGACACUACAUCAGAUCCUCACUCCAUUCCUCCUGCGUCGACUCAAGACUGACGUGGAGUACUCCCUACCUCCUAAGAAGGAGAUCCUAGUCUAUGCCCCACUCACUCAACACCAGGAGAAGUUCUACAAAAGUCUACUGGACAAGUCGAUUCUGAACCUCCUGGACAAAGAGAAAGAGGAGAGACUGAAAGCACGAGGGGGCGGCAGUGGGAGUAGUGGGGUGUGUGAGGGUGUGGAGGUGUGUGAGGAGGAGGGCAAGAGAGCUCGGCAAUGCAAGAUUAGCAAGUCAGACUGCUACUCUCAACUGACAGACAGUCAGUUUGACUCCAUCAUGACUGGAGAGGCAGAUCUGAAGGACUUUGUACCCCAAGUGGAGGAAACAAAGACAAACAAAAAGGAUCUUGUUCCAAAGUUCUCUGCCACUAACAUAAAGAUGACGAGUGUGUACACGAUGCUGCGGCUGUGCUCCAACCAUCCCUACCUUCUCGAGUUCCCCCUCACCCCCAGCGGAGACUUCAAAGUGGACGAGGAGUUAGUUCAGUGUGCUGGCAAGAUACGUGUGUUGGACAGAUUGCUAACUGCUCUCAUUAAAGAUGGACACAAGACUCUCGUGUUCUCCCAGUUCACUCGUAUGCUGGACAUACUGGAGGACUACCUGGAGAUGAGGGGUGUGGUUUACGCCCGAUUGGACGGCUCUAUGGGAUUUGCCGAUCGUCAGAUAAACAUCGCCAAGUUCAAGAGUCAUCCUGCCUGUAUGGUGUUCCUACUGAGUACUAGAGCAGCUGGACUGGGCCUCAACCUCACUGAGGCAGACACUGUUAUCCUGCAUGACUCUGACUGGAACCCCCAGACGGACCUUCAGGCCCAGGAUCGCUGUCAUCGUAUAGGGCAGUCCAAGCCGGUGGUGGUGUACCGACUAGUGACUGCCAACACCAUCGACCAGCGCAUUGUAGAGAGGGCAGCUUCCAAGAGGAAACUGGAGAAGAUGAUCAUUCACAAAGGGAAGUUCAAGGGUAACACCAAUGACAGUGCAUGUGAUCUCUCUCUAGAAGACCUCUCGGACCUGUUGAACUCUGUGGACCAUGAUCGGGUGGUGGGCAGGGAUGGUCAGGUGAUCUCUGAUGACGCCCUCGCCGCUCUAUUGGACAGAACUGCGACUAAGCGACCAGUAAACGAGUGCCCAGACCAAGGCUCUGAUGGUAACAGUGACGAGGGGGAAACUAAUCACUCUGGAGUGUUUAAAGUGCUCGAGGAUAUUGGCAACGUGGUGUGUAACAAGGAAGAGGUAGCAAAGAGCGAGAGCAAUGACGAUAUCGUGAAGCUCCAAGACGAGAAUAUGAUUGAAGACAAGACUGAUUUGGCAACAGACACUCAACUUAUUGAACACAACUCAAUCAAUGUCGGCAAUAAUGAAAGUAUGCAGCUCCCUACCCAAGAAGAUGAUCAUUCGAAAGAAACCCCCAUAACCAACGAAGGGUCAAUAACGUGUGAAACAAUGGAGACUAACAUCGAAAGCAAGAGUUCUAUACUAGCAGGAGGUGACAUGGAGCCUCUAACUGAAGGAAACAAUACAAAGAGUGUCCUAAAUGAAACAAUGGAGACUGACAAUGAAAGCAAGAGUGCUAAACUAGCUACUGGACCAGCAGGAGGGGACAUGGAGCCUCUAACUGAAGGAAACAAUACAAAGAGUGUCCUAAAUGAAACAAUGGAGACUGACAAUGAAAGCAAGAGUGCUACACUAGCUACUGGACCAACAGGAGGGGACAUGGAGCCUCUAACUGAAGCAGACAAUACAAAGAGUGUCCUAAAUGAAACAAUGGAGACUGACAAUGAAAGCAAGAGUGCUACACUAGCUACUGGACCAACAGGAGGUGACAUGGAGCCUCUAACUGAAGCAGACAAUGCAAAGGGCACUCUAAAUGAAGCUAGCGGAGCUAUGGAUUGCGAUGCACCGAUCGAGUUUGCGGUAAAAAGCAGCAGUGAGAAAGGCAGGAGUGGUGACUGUGAGAUCGCUGGGAUUGAUUGUGAUGUGCCGAGGGAGCUUGUGGUUGUGGAUGUAUCGGCCUGCCUGUAAUUAACUGUCACGUACACUAGGAAACUCAAUAAUUAAAAAUAUUAUUUACUCAACAGGCAUUAUUUUGGGUUUGUCAUCAUCAUUACAUACAUUACCCUAAUCCAUUUAUCUCAUGAUUCUACGUUAUAAUUAUAAAUUGUAUGUACUACUACUGUGUAUAUACUUGUAUACCCUCCAUGACCAUAAUUCAUUAACCAAAAAAUUCUUUGAUGAAAAAUCAUUUCACACAUAAUUAUA